CCGGUGCUGACGCGCUUCCCGUUCCCCGCUGCGGGACGCGCAUGCGCCGCGGGGCGCGAUGCCGGCCGAGGCGGUGACGCUGCAGCUGGGGCCGUACGCGGGGAGCACCGGAGCGCACUGGUGGGGGCUGCAGGCCGCCGCGCUGCGCCGCCCCGCAGAGGCCGCCGAGCUCCGGUCCUCCGCGCUGCUGCGGCCUGCGCAUGCGCCGGGCGGGCGGGAGGUCCACGUGCCGCGGCUCGUGGCGCUGCAGCUGAAAGGCAGCGGGGGCGCGCUCAGGAACGGGGACGCGUCCGUGGAGGCUCCGGUGACCUGGAACGGGGCUGUCGCCGCUUACCUGGACACCGGGAGCCAGGGAACGGGUGUACCGGCCUCCGGCAGCGCUGAGGCUCGAGGUGUGUGCUCGGAUGCAGGGGGGACGCAGGGACCACGUCCACCGGAGCAGGAUGCUCCGAGCCCGUGUCCAGCCGGGCCCGGAGCACCACCGGGGAUGGGGCACUGGUGCUGUCCUGAGGGGCUUGGGACUGAUGCUGGCCCCUGUGCAGUGAGCGACAGGGAAACCGAUGGGAUACAGGCUCCUGCCUAUGGACAGAGGGGAGAAAGACUUCCCUCUUCCCAUCUCAUUCCAGGUGCGGCUCCUGCCCCUUCCCCACUUGCUGCUGUCCAGGACGUUCCCUCAGGCAGGAAUGUGCCGCUCUGGUCCCAUCACCCCAAUGUGCAGCUGCAUCCCAAGAGCCUCUACAUCAUCCGGCAGUACAUGCACGAUGGGGACUGUGGGUGUCUGGAAGCCUUUGCCCAAGGGGAAGGUCUCCUGCAGGACCCUGCGUGCAUGGAGGAGCUGGAGGAUCGCUUGCACUACUUCACUGAGGAGUGUGAUUCCCUUCAGGGUUUUCAGGUUCUCUGUGACCUCCACAAUGGCUUCUCGGGAGUGGGUGCCAAGGUGACGGAGCUGCUCCGUGAUGAGUAUUCAGGGAAGGGGAUCCUGAGCUGGGGCUUGACGCCAGCCCUGAGCAGUGGGGCUGAUUCCCAUAGGAACGCCUACAGACUGAUGAACACAGCCCUGGGAAUCAUCCAUCUCUCCACUCACAGCUCCCUCUUCUGCCCCAUGUCCCUCGGUGGGAGCCUGGGGCUCAAGCCACAGCCUCCUGUGACGUUCCCAUACCUCAGCUACGAUGCCUCCCUCAGCUCCCACAGCAGUGCCAUCCUGGCAGCAGCCCUGGAUACCCUCACUGUUCCCUACCGGCUCAGCUGCUCCCAGGGCUCCAUCCUGCACCUCGCUGAAACACUCAACUUCUCUGGGAGAAAGGUUGCAGCUGCUUGGGCUUCUGUUCCCUUCCCUGCCCUCCACGGCUCCUCCCUCCCUGAUGCUUUGUGCACCCACCAGGACGUGCCCUGGAAGCUCCUGGCUUCGUGCAGGGAACGAAGGGGCAGCUCCUGCUUUGCUCAGUCUGUGGUGCUCCGAGGGCUUGGCAAGGACAGAGCCAGCAGCUCUCCAGGAAGGCAGCCCCGUUCUCCCCUCCAUGCCUGGGAGAGCCCUGAGCUCAUCCUGCAGCAUUACUUACACACUGCGUUCCCUGGGGCCUUCAGCACAUCCCACGUCCUUGAGCAGCCAUGUUACACCCCAGCUCCAUACCCCCAGUUCUUCUCUCCUCGUCUCAGCAGACAAGGCUUCCUCCUGGACCAAGCUCCCCCUUCCUCCCCAGCAGCUGUGGAGAGCAUCCCUGUGCUGGCUGCCCUCCGGUCUGCCCCAGUGCUCCACACGCUGCUCUAUGGCCUGUACAAGGACCUGCAGCAGCUGAACCCACGGCGCUGUGCCAGCUUCUUCUCUGCUGGCCUGGAGCAGGAGGACUUCCAGGAGGCCUUGCACAGGCUGAGGACUCUGUCCCAGUGCUAUGAGACUGAGCUGGAAGCAGAGGAAUCGGAUGAUGAAGCAGAUUCCGACUGACUCAGCUUUAUUGCCAGAGGGCAGGAGGAAGGAUCACUUUGGGAAUAAAGGGAAUGGCUUUUGG